UGUUCGUGUGGACACGAGUCGGUGCUGUCUCUUUAAGGCUCCGUCUGCUUCGUAUCGAUCAAUCCUCCAUUUUCCAGCAGUCGCUCCGGCAGCGCGAGCCCGAACAGAACCAGUCCAGCACCGGAGAGGUUCCGGCCGCCAUGGCCGCCAACAUGUACCGGGUCGGAGAUUAUGUUUAUUUUGAGAACUCGUCCAGUAACCCACUGCUGAUCAGGAGGAUAGAGGAGCUGAACAAGACAGCCAAUGGGAACGUGGAGGCCAAAGUGGUGUGUUUCUACCGGCGCAGGGACAUCUCCAGCACGCUCAUCGCUCUGGCAGACAAACACGCACGGGAGCUGGAGGAGGAGAUGGAGAAUUCUGAGAUGGUGGACCUCCCAGAGAAACAGAAACACCAGCUGAGACACCGGGAGCUGUUUCUGUCCCGCCAGCUGGAGUCCCUGCCAGCAACGCACAUCAGAGGAAAGUGCUGCGUCACACUUCUGAACGAAACCGAAGCCCUGAAGUCCUACCUGGACAGAGAGGAUGCCUUCUUCUACUCGCUGGUGUAUGACCCUCAGCAGAAGACCCUGCUGGCUGAUAAGGGGGAGAUCCGCAUUGGGAACAAAUACCAGGCUGACAUCACCGACCUCCUAAAAGAAGGUGAAGAUGACUGUAGAGACCUGGCCAAACUGGAGCAGAAGGUCUGGGACCCCAGCAGCUCGCUAACAGAGAAACAGAUCGACCAGUUUUUAGUAGUCGCUCGGUCAGUGGGGACGUUUGCCAGAGCUUUGGACUGCAGCAGUUCUGUCCGGCAGCCGAGCCUCCACAUGAGCGCAGCUGCAGCCUCCAGAGACAUCACUCUGUUUCACGCUAUGGACACCCUCCACGCUAACAGCUACGACAUGACUCGAGCCAUUGCAGCGUUGGUGCCUCAGGGGGGGCCUGUCCUCUGCAGGGAUGAAAUGGAGGAGUGGAGCGCCUCGGAGGCCAACCUGUUCGAGGAGGCGCUCGAAAAAUAUGGCAAAGACUUCACCGACAUCCAGCAAGACUUUUUGCCCUGGAAGUCACUGACGAGUACCAUUGAGUAUUACUACAUGUGGAAAACCACAGAUCGAUAUGUGCAGCAGAAACGAUUAAAAGCUGCCGAGGCAGAAAGCAAGCUGAAACAGGUCUACAUCCCCAACUAUAACAAGCCAAACCCGAACCAGCUGAGUAACAACGUGAAGCCAGCUCUUCUAAACGGAGCAGCGGGUGCUGUUGUCCCUGGACCCCCGGGCUCAGGACAAGCCCCAGGUCUGGGCAGAGCCUGUGAAAGUUGCUACACCAGCAGCUCGUACCAGUGGUACUCCUGGGGACCGCCCAACAUGCAGUGUCGUCUUUGUGCUUCCUGCUGGACCUACUGGAAGAAGUACGGAGGCUUAAAAAUGCCAACAAGACUAGACGGCGAGAGGCCAGGACCCAACCGCAACAGCUCGAGCCCUCAUGGCCUCCCCCUUCGCCACAGCGGCAGCCCCAAGUUUGCUGUAAAGACCCGGCAGGCGUUUUACCUGCAGACCACCGGUCUGACACGGCUGGCCCGUCGCCUCUGCCAGGACAUCAUCCGGCCUCGAUACAUGGCCAGACACCCGUACCUCCCCGUCAACACAGCUGCCAUCAAAGCAGAGUGUGCUCUGCGAUUACCAGAUAAGCCAAAGCAGCUUCUGCAACUCAAACCGAUCGACCGUAAGCCUCUGGAAUCUGUGGUUCGCUACUUGGAAGCACAUCCACGUCCAUCCAAGCCUGACCCCCCGACUCGUGGAGGCUCGAUCUGUACUGGCAGCUUGACCCCCAUAAAGUCCUCUCCCAUCCUCAACAACGGCUCUCCCACCAUCCUGGGCAAGCGCACCUACGAGCAGCACAACGGGCUGGACGGUACCAAAUCCAAAGGGUUGACUCCUCAGUGGGACAUCAUGGCCAAACGUGUGGGUGAUGCAGGCCGGCCCUCGGCCUCCCUGCAGGAGGAACAUGUGCACGAACUGGACUGAACUCUGGGAACAAGCUGUGCUGCAAACCCUCUAAGUGGAGAUCUGAAAUGGAAAAGGCCUUUUCCUCUGAACCACAGCCGUGGGCAGCUGAAGGGAGGUGAAGACGGCUCGUUGGCAUCAAGCACGUUUCUUCAGUCCGUGCACGUCUGGCAGCUGAAGACUGAUCCAUCUGUUUGGUUUAUCAGGAGAUGAGCCUGACUGUACAGAACUGUGUUUAUUACUUACAUUUCUUAUUAUUACCGUCUUUGUAAUUAUUAUUGUUAUUAUUUUGUACCAACUAUAAUUCAGCUGAUUGUCAAUCAAACGAGGGAAACUUAAAGUUUCAUGAAAAAGAUUGUGAAACCCUGAGAUAAAGGGGAGAAGGAAGGCCACAUAAGCCACUUGUAUUUUCUACAUUUUACUUUUUUAAAGAGGUUGGGUGAAACGGACCGGCAGUUUUUGUUUUAGCAU